AUGGCUGCUCUUAGCAGGAGCAUUCAAGGGCCAUGGGUAGUCGGAGGCAAUUUCAAUGCGGUAGUGGAGUUAGAGGAAAGACGGGGGACCCGAGAUCCAGACAGAACAAGUAUGACAAAUUUUGCUGAAGCGAUUCAUAACUCCGGUCUCUUAGAUGCAGGCUUUGUUGGGUGGAACAUCUGCCCCAUAUUAAGUCUGACCAUGUCCUGCUUCGACUGUCAUUUCCUAGCCAACUCUAGCCCAAAGUCGGACCGUUCAGAUUCCUCAGGAUGUGGACGUUGCGACUCCUUUCAGCAGCUAAUCAAGAAGGCCUGGGAAGGAGAGUGUGCUACACAGCCCAUGCUCAACGUCCACCUCAAACUGAAGAAAACGAAACAACUACUGAAAGUGUGGAAUAAAGAAGUCUUCGGCAACAUUUUCCAUCAGAUUCAUAGGGCUAAGGAAGAGCUGGAAAUUUUAGAUAACAGAAUGCAAAACGCACCCAACGAUGACCUUCUUCAAGAUAGUUUGGCAGUCAAGCAGAGGUUAGAGCAGCUGGAGCUUAUGGAAGAGGUAUUUUGGAAGCAGUCGAGGAACUCUUGGCUGGACGAAGGGGAUAGCAGCACUAAGUAUUUCCACACGUCGGCAAGAGAGAUAAUCAGAAGAGCCACUAUUACCUCCAUCAAGACAAAGAUAAGCGACAUCAGUUCAGGUCAAGAUGAAAUAAAAGUUGCAGCAGUUAAGUAUUUUGAGGAACUAUUCCAGGCAGAGCCCGCCACAUCUCAAUCAGACUUCAUUUAG